UUCUAUUCCUAAUCCCUAACCCUUACAUCCAGCCCCACAGAAAUAGACGCCCUCGUAUACGGCCACGUUAGGGCUCUGCUGUCCGCGACCGGGCCAAAAGCGCCGCUUAUGUUUAAACCUAUAUCUGAUGUGCUCCUGCGACAUGCUGUCAAGAUAACAGAUAUAACAGGCUUGAAAUUGACGUGCCAAGAAGAGAACUUGAUAACUCAGGGAUUGAACACUGGGUUCCGUGACACAGACGACAAAGGGACUAAACCCAACGCGAGGUCAAGAAUAUGCAUCCUUGGCAUGAGUGGAGACAGUUUUAAAUAUGGAAAGGAUUUCUUUGGUUAUAAGCCUAUUUCAAACCAAGUGAAAAAACCAAAAAUAAUAUGCGAGUACAAUAAGCCUAGAAUCGAUGAUACAUUCCGAUUUAUAGUUGAUAUUAUGCAUGAGAUAAUCGAUAAGGUAGAAGAGACAUCUACAAAAAAGUUGAAAUAUGAAAUUGAGAUCUUAGCUACCCCAGAAAAAAAUCUCUACAAAAGUGUUAAAAGUAACCUGGACUUGGUCGAAGACACGUUGAAAGAGAUGGUUGAUUUUGACGAUUUUGAAGUAAUUGAUGGUAACAAUUUUGAAGGAACUAGUUUUAGUCACGGGAAUAGAAAAGGUGGACUUCAGGAUGCUAUAAUAUCCAAUAACCGAUUUAAUGACUUCCAAAAUAACUUUGAUUUACUUGGAAAAUAUUCAGGUUAAUAUUUUGUAGUUAAGUUUAAUAAUUGUAUGUGGUCAGUAAACUACCUUCAUAAAUUUGUUAGUAAAUUCUUAGUUGCGCACUAGAUGGCGCUUGUAGUUAAUUAUUUUUUCUUCGAGUAUGAAAAUUGUUUUUCUGUAUUUUGUAGAUAAUAAUGUAAAGGUUGUAACAACUGAUGGGAUGUGCGCUGAAGACUUGA